AACAAAGACAACCACUCCCAAAAUGACGCCCGACGAAACUCUGGCGCACGUGCAAACCGUCAGCGCGACCCAGCGCGCCAACAGCCCCAUCUACGCCCACCUCCUGGCGGACGUGACCAUCACCGCCGCCACCGAGGGCCACCUGCUGGCGACCAUCCGCAUCGCCCAGCCCCACAUCAACUCCAAGGGCGGGCUGCACGGGACCAUGUCCGCGUGCCUGGUCGACUGGGCCGCGGGCAUGGUCAUCGCCACCUACGGCGGCAGCUACACGGGGGUGAGCACGGAUCUGCAUGUCUCGUACGUGGCGUCGGCCCGGGAGGGGGAGACGCUGGAGGUGACCGGGCGGGCGAUGAAGGUCGGCGGGACGAUGGCGUACGUCUCGGUGGAGAUCUGUAAGGUGGUGCCGGAUGAGACGGGUGGGGGGGAGAAGAGGGUGGUGGUGGCCACGGGGUUGCAUACGAAGUUUGUGAAACAGCGGUGAUUGGGGUUGUUGGAUUCGGCGAGUUACGCUAUGCUUUGGGUGGAAGAUGUGCGUGUUGACGCAUGGGGCUCCACUUCUUCUCUGGAUGGACUGUAAGAAAUAUAAAUGAAGAGUGCAAUUCAUAUAAUAUCAUAGUGCUUACGAGAAGAAUCUCCAAUUAUCAAUUCAAAGUC